UCCACCGGAGUAAAAGAAGUGGCUUCACACCACGUUUCUCUUCCCUCUCCCUGUCUCCCUGCGCUUUGACCAGAGCUGUUUAUGCCCUCAUUCAUUCUCACCCACAAGAAUCGGAUCACUUCGCGCAAGAAGCAAAAUUUGAAAAAGGAAGUGUAACUCGCACUAAUGGAUGUUGAUAUUGCAAAAGAGAGAAACAUAAUGCCUCAUAGUAGCAUUGAAGAGCUUGAUCCAUGGACCGCGUGGGCAUACAGACCACGCACGAUCACUUCACUUUUCGUCGGGGCUUGCCUUUUGGUCUGGGUAAGUGGAGCGCUUAAUCCAGAGAGCAAUGCUUCUACUGAUAGUGUUACAACUGUAAAGAGGGGCGUGUGGGCAAUGAUAUUAGUCUUCCUUGCGUAUUGCUUGCUUCAAGCUCCCUCAACCAUUCUAAUUCGUCCUCAUCCUUCGGUUUGGCGGUUGGUUCAUGGAUUGGCGGUCGUCUACCUUGUUGCCCUGACUUUUUUGCUUUUUCAGAACCGUGGCGAUGCACGGAAGUUCAUGAGAUUUCUUCAUCCAGAUCUUGGGCAUGAGUUACCUGAACGGUCCUAUGGCACUGAUUGCAGAAUAUAUACACCUGAAAAUCCAAAAAGCAGGUUUAACAGUGUUUAUGAGACAUUGUUUGAUGAAUUUGUUCUUGCACAUGUCUUUGGAUGGUGGGGAAAGGCUAUCAUGAUAAGAAACCAGCCUCUGUUGUGGGGUUUGUCCAUUGGAUUUGAAGUUAUGGAGCUCACUUUCCGGCAUAUGCUGCCAAACUUUAAUGAAUGUUGGUGGGAUAGUAUUAUUUUGGAUAUUCUUAUCUGCAAUUGGUUUGGCAUUUGGGCCGGAAUGCGUACCGUUAGGUACUUCGAUGCUAAGACUUACGAAUGGGUUGGCUUAAGCCGUCAACCAAAUAUCAUCGGUAAG